CACCAGCUUGUGAGAAAUCACAUGGGCAGCUUCAGCCCCACUUAGAUUUCACAUGCAAGUGAUAUAUACCAAACUGUAUAUGCUUGGAUAGAAACAUAUGUUCCCUACCUCCUUUAUCUAUAGCAGACAAGAAGAAGACUAGGUGCCACAAGUUUCAAUAUAUCUAACAAACUAGCUACAUAUAUAUGUUGAAAGAUAAGCUAGGCUAUGAUGCAGCCUCAUCUAGUGGUGAAGACUGAAGAAGGACUAUCAUAUAGUACAUGAAACGAGUGGUCAAAUGGAUAGCAAUGAGGGACACUGUGCGGCUUGUGAGAAAUCAUGACAUCACAUGGAUUUGUUUUUGUCUUGCCAUUCACGUAGCUCAUUAUAACCCCAGGAGAUUUCAAAUAUGCUACUGAAGAAACUCUCUUCUUUUGUAGAAACAUCAAGUCUUCUGUUCCUGCUAUAUAUAACUUACAAGAGAAAGGGAGGUGAUUUACGAAGCAGGGAGCCAUUAGCGUCACUAGAAAAGCCUCCUCUGCCGUCAAAACUCAAAACCCAUCUGGACCAUCGAGAGAUCUCUCCUGUGUCUUCAAAACGUGAUUCCGUCGCUCCUCCGCCACACGCUCCAAACCCAAAGCAUUCCCGGACCCCAGCUUCUUCAACCUCCUCUCGUACUUGGUAAGCUCCUCAUCAGAACCACUCUCCACGUCUUCGUUGUUUUUCCUCAUUCGAAGUUCCUCAGAGGCCCCAGACUGUGAAGAAGCGCCUCAAGCAGUUCAAGAGGCCCCAGACUGACAGGAACUUAUGUGUCAAGCCUGAAUCACUGAUUCCAGAAAUCAGCUUCCCAAAGGCUAAGUAGAUAAAAAGCAGCAGAGAUGAAGCUGGAUGUGGAUGUGUUGAGAUACCUCACUAAAGAGGAUUUCAGGGUUUUAACCGCUGUCGAAAUGGGAAUGAGAAAUCAUGAAAUCGUACCCGCUGAACUGGUGGAGCGUAUAGCUGCGCUCAAGCAUGGUGGCACUUACAAAGUUAUGAAAAAUCUGCUCAAGCAUAAGCUCUUGCACCACGACGCCUCUAAAUAUGAUGGGUUUCGGCUAACGUACCUCGGUUAUGAUUUCCUUGCAAUUAAGACUUUGGUCAACCGUGGAGUCUUUUCAGCCGUUGGUCGCCAACUUGGUGUUGGAAAAGAGUCUGAUAUUUUUGAGGUGGCCACCGAAGAUGGUACAGUGAUGGCAAUGAAAUUGCACAGGCUUGGGAGAACUUCUUUCAGGGCUGUCAAGUCUAAGCGUGAUUACUUAAAACAUCGUAGCAGUUUCAAUUGGCUGUACUUGUCCCGUCUUGCUGCACUCAGAGAAUUUUCUUUUAUGAAGGCUUUACAAGAGCAUGGUUUUCCUGUUCCAAAUGCAGUGGAUUGUAACAGGCAUUGUGUGAUUAUGUCACUAGUACCAGGCUACCCACUUGUGCAGGUGAAGCAAUUGGAAAAUCCUGAGAUAGUUUUCAAUACUAUCAUUGGGCUCGUUGUUCGUCUGACAGAACAUGGUUUGAUUCACUGUGACUUCAAUGAAUUUAACAUUAUGAUUGAUGAUGACGAGAAGAUCACUAUGAUUGAUUUUCCCCAAAUGGUCUCUGUAUCACAUCGUAAUGCACAAAUGUACUUUGACCGUGAUGUGGAAUGUGUCUUUAAGUUUUUCAGCAAGAGAUUCAACAUGUCUUUCCAUGAAUGCACAGCUGAUAUUGAUGGAACAGCGGUGGACACAGAUGAUAGUGGCAGGCCUUCUUUUACUUCAAUAGCGAAAGAUACUGGUUUUCUAGACAAGGAACUUUCUGCUAGUGGGUUUACUAGGAAGGAUCAGGAAGAAAUUGCUAAGUUUAUUGAAGGAGGGAUCAAGAAGGAUGCUAGUUCUGAUGAUGAAGAUACUGAAGAUGACGAGCACAUCUCUAUGUUAAAUGAAGCAAACACAAUGGGUGUUGAUUCACUGCAUGUGGCAGAUCAGACGUUACAGCAUGAUGAGCAGGUUGAAUCAGAGGGCAAUGUAAGAACAUGUGAAGCAGGUCCCAGCAGUGAACCCGAAAAUGAAGAUGGGAGUAACGAGGAGGGAGAUAAUGAGACAGUUACUAAUGACAAUGAUGCUGAGCUGGAAAAACGUUUGAACAAGGUGAGGCGACGUGCUGUAACAGCAGCCCGUGGAGGAAGAAAAACUUUUGCAUCCAGAAAUACCUACAAAGACAAGGGUGGUAAAUCCUCUAACAGUUCCAAAAUCCAGAGACAAUUAAGUAGCUGGUAGAAUAUGUAAAGUGCCACCACAAAAUCCAAGAUGGCCACACAACUAAAAUAUAGAAGAUAUCAACUAGAGUUGCAUGCCAAAUGGAGGUUGCACGCAGAGCACGGACCUUCUGCUUGCGCCAUAUGUAUGGCAAUCUUUUUUCUUAUAAUGAUGAUCAUGAGAUGCAUAAGUUUCCAUCAGUGUAACUCUUGUAGCCCUUGGCAAACAGGGGAGAGUAGGUAUUUAAAAAGGGAUAAAAGUAACUAAUAUAGAGGAUGGUUCUUCGUAAUCAGUAGCCUUGGCGUUUGUUUUUCUUAAUCAGUGGCAGACAUUUGUACUCAUUUUUUAAUUGAUUUUAUAAAUUGUCAGUUGAAUUUUUAA